AUGGAAGAAAGAAAUCACAGUACAGUCACUAGCUUCAUCCUCCUGGGGUUCACCACUGACCCAACGCUGCAGCUUCUCUUGUUUGUGGUGUUCACAAUUGUCUACAUCAUUAGCCUUACCGGAAACAUCACCCUGCUUGUGUUAAUAUGCAGCAGCUCACGGCUCCAUACCCCAAUGUACUUUUUCAUUGGGAACUUGUCCUUCCUGGAUCUCUGGUAUUUCUCUGUCUAUACCCCCAAGAUCCUGGCAAACUGUGUCUCUGAGGACAAGAGCAUCUCCUUUGAAGGGUGCGCAACUCAAUUCUUCUUCUCUGCUGGCUUGGCCUAUACUGAGUGCUACCUGCUGGCAGCAAUGGCCUAUGAUCGUUACAUGGCCAUCUCUGACCCACUGCUCUAUGCUGCUGCCAUGUCCAAGAAGCUGUGCGUGGGGCUGGUGGUCGCCUCCUAUCUCAGUGGUUUUGCCAACUCCACAAUCAUUACCAGCCACACGUUCACCCUCAGCUUUUGCGAUGCCAGCGUCAUUGAUGACUUCUUCUGCGACCUGCCCCCGCUAGUGAAGCUCUCCUGCAAUGUGCCAGACAACUACCAUGCGGUCCUGUAUUUCAUCUUGGCCUCCAAUGUCAUCCUCCCCUCCGCAUUCAUCGUCGCUUCCUAUGCCUCCAUCUUGGCUGCCAUCCUGAAGAUCCGCUCGGCUGAGGGACAGCGCAAAGCCUUUUCCACCUGUGCUGCCCACCUCACAGCCGUCACCCUCUACUACGGCUCCAUCCUCUUCAUUUAUUCACGACCCAGCUCUUCCUACGUCCUGCGGAGGGACAAGGUGGUCUCUGUGUUUUACACAGUAGUGAUCCCCAUGCUGAAUCCCCUGAUCUACAGCCUGAGGAACAAGGAUGUGAAGGACGCGCUGAGGAGACUAGUGAAGAGAGAAAGUUUCUUAGUAGAAGAAAAUUAG